CACUCUUCCCUCUGGUUGUGAAGCAGUUUAAACACAGUUGUUGCCUUUAAGGAGCUCUGGAAAGACUCUGAGUGGGUACAAGAUGGCAUCCCAGCAGCUCUUUUUGAAGUUAAUGGGGCUGACUGUACUGCUGAUACUAUUAGCUCUUAGCGAUGCAUCCAGUGACAGAAGCUUACUCAAGAUCUUAAGGAAAAGAGACGUGGCAGGAGCUGGUACUGCCCCAUCAAAGUCCUCCAUCGCGGUCCCUUCUUCCAAGGCUCAGGAGUUCCUGGCAAAGCUGAGCAGAACCAAGAGGAACGUCUGGGAUCGCAGCAGACCAGACGUGCAGCAGUGGAUUAUGCAGUUUAUGUACAUGGGGUUUGACGAGCAGAGGCUGGAGACUGACCUGUCGUACUGGAUGGACCACGCACGCUCCAGUGAUCAAGGACGUCAGCACCACUAUGAUGAAAACUCCCCCAUCGGCCCGCGGGACCCUUCUUCUUACAGACACGGAGCGAAUGUCAACUACGACUACUAUUAACUCCACUCACACACGUGUUCAUUUUGGUUUCCAUCAUUUUCAGAGGACGUCACGUUGAGUUAUAUCGAUUUUUUCUGGUGCUUACCCUCACCUUAACCCCCAACUUUAAUCUCACUGUAACCUUAAACCAAGACUUUAUACUCAGAAUUUAAUCAUUUUUGCUCUGGGGACCUACUUUUUGUUACAAAGGAGGAGUCUGGUGGCCACAGUUUGAGUGUGUAAACAGAUUUAAGUACAUUAAAUACACACACAUACCUGCUUCUGUGUCUGAGUUAGUCCCCUGAUUUCUCUCUGAUUUUUCUUGUCUUGAUUGGUUACACCCACAAAUGUAACCCCGUCCAACUCGUUUACUUACACACUAGUUAGAAAAAUGAACAUAAAACAGUGUGUUUUUGCUCUUGUUAAACAUCAACAUAAUGCUUUGAGGCAGCUGAUUGUCGUUGGUUGUGAAUAAAGAUGCGGCUCCGUCCUC